AUGACUAACAACCUACCAUGUGGUCAUGUGUCCUUACAAGAUAAGAAUCCACCAUGCUUUCCUUUUCUACCUGAUACUCGAUCGGACACUUCGUCUGAUGAUCCCGGAGCACAAAAAAUCGACUCCAAGACUCAAGUGCCGUGGUUGACGAUUCUUCUUCCCGCGUAUAACGAAGAGUUACGAAUUGAGCCUACUCUUAUCGACUACCAGUCAUAUCUCGAGACGUCGGAGCUGUGGCAGGAUCGAACGAGCAUCUUGGUCGUUGACGAUGGAUCUCGCGACGGAACCAUUCGCGUCUUAAAACGAUACAUGGCAUCAUCCAAAAGUACAAUCACAGUAGAGUGUGUAUCAUUGUCGAGCAAUGAAGGUAAAGGUUCCGCCAUAUCGUUCGGAAUCCAGCACAUUUUGCGAAAGCACCCAGUAAGUCUUAUCUUAACAGCCGAUGCGGACGGAAGCGCGGAUAUCAAUGGGCUGCCUACUGCGUAUACAGCAUUGGUGGAGUUGUUGCAAAAGGACAAGUCAGGUACCGUACUUAAUUGGGAUCAAGCCGCCGUCGUUUCGGGCUAUCGAACCCAUGAGUCAGCGUCCGCCUCACGUCUGAUUUUUCGCUGGGGGUUUCGGACGGUUGUCAAAAUAAUCGUGGGGGACUUGCGUGUCAAGGAUAGUCAAUGUGGAUUUAAACUGAUGACGUCCUCGGCGGCUAGCGUUCUUUAUCGGGAUCUGAAUGUGAAUGGGUGGAGCCACGAUGUGGAGGUCCUUUAUCGGGCACGUGAGCUUCAAAUUCCCAUCGCGGAGCGAAAUAUUCAAUGGGAGGAUAAGGAUGGAUCGAAACUUGUGGCUUCCCCCGGCGGUAUUCCUGCCGUUGUCGUAAGGAUGUUCUGGGAAGUUUUGCUAGUACGAUGGGGCUACAAAAUAGAAGGUUGGGAGGUUCCGAGCAAUGACAGCGGUUCUUCUAUUCCAUAA